CGUCUUGGUUUCGGUCCUUUUUUGGUUAGGUUGUUGCUUCUUAGUGCUUUUUUUUUUUUUGCCGAUCUGAGGAGAGGGAACAUGUUCUUCUCUGCCAAUCAACUACGUUGUUUGGGAGUGUUCCGGCUUUCAUCACUUCGGAUUCUGGAGUUCAGGUUUCGAGGCUCAAAAUUGGCUUUUCAAUAGUUAUAUGGUCUCUAGGGUUUGACAAAAGAGUUGAGUGAAAUCCUAAUGGCUAGGCUGAUUCCAGCGGUGCUUAAGUUUGUGGUUUUAUCGGUUCUUUUGCACUUGAUCCUUUCAUUAUCUUGUCUUUGUAGUCGAUCAUUCAGGAUUUGAGGCAUGGGAAGCCGUGUCCGAGUGAUGAAACAGAUAAUUCAUGAAAAAUGUAAAGCUGUUUGGAAAAAUUGACGACUUUGAUAAGUAGGUGUUGGAAGAAAAGUAACCUUUAGCUAACUAGCAUUCUCAAUUUUUCCUUCCAAGGAAAUUUCUGCUAUGGCUGAUACACAAUCAGUUGCUACAUUAAUCGAUUCUACUACUUCAAAGCUACAACAAUUGCACCAGGCAUUUGCUGAACUCGAGAGCCACAGUGCCAUAUCUUUGAACUUGAAAUGGAAAGAGCUUGAAGAACAUUUUCAUGGCCUUGAGAGGUCUCUAAAUAAAAGGUUUGUUGAGCUGGAAGAUCAAGAGAAUGAAUAUGUUACACAGCUCAAAGAGACCCAAGAGAUGUUAGAGAAACGGGAGGCUGCAGUUGUAGCUAAGGAGCUUGCCUCCCUUGAUAAACUGCAGGAAAAAAGAGAUUCUACCCUUUCUGCUUUAUUUGAUAAAUACAAAGCCUGUUCCCUAGAACCCAUUGCUGUUGGUGAGGGUGUCACCAUUGGGAUGGCUGACGAUGUUUUGAAUGUGAACUCUUAUGUCACACCUGCCAUUUCUAGCACAGAUGUGUGCUCUACAGAGAAUGGAAAUGAAUGCAGUGAACAUCCCUCAGAGCUGGUCAAUCUCUGUAAAGAAAUGGAUGCAAAAGGCCUCCUUAAGUUUGUUUCAGACAAUAGGAAAGACUUGAAUUCCAUACGUGAAGAAGUCCCAUUUGCUCUUAAAGAGGCACCCAGUCCAUUCAUUUUAGUUUUAGAUUGCCUGAAGGGUUUCUAUGCCGGAGAGAUUCUAGGGUCAAAAAAGGAUGGCAACCUAUUGGGUCAGCGAAGGACUUGUCUCAUGUUAAUGGAAUCACUCAAACAACUAGCAGAUGCUAUGCAGGGUUCCCUAUCUGAUAAACAAUUACUGACACAAGACAUUAAAGAGGAAGCAAAGGUGAUAGCUAAAGAAUGGAAGCCAAAAUUGGAUCACCUGGACAUUGAAGCCAGCAGUGGAAAUUCAUUGGAAGCACAUGCAUUUCUUCAACUCUUGGCUACUUUUGAUAUAAUCUCAGAAUUUGAACAAAAUGAAAUCUGCAAACUGAUUCCAGCUGUUACACGACGCCGUCAAACUGUUGACUUGUGUCGUUCACUUGGUUUGUCACACAAAAUGCCAGGUUUGAUUGAAGUUCUUCAGAACACUGGGAGGCAAAUUGAGGCUGUUAAUCUUGCAUUUGCAUUUGAGCUUACAGAGCAAUUCCCUCCAGUCCCAUUGCUUAAAGGGUAUCUUAAGGAGGCAAGAAAGGUAUCUCAGGUCAAAGCUGGAAGCAUGUCACCUGGUGCACAGAAUGAAAUAAAUGAACUUGAAUUAUCUGCUCUUAGAGCUCUCAUCAAGUGCAUUGAGGAACAUAAGCUGGAGGAGCAAUACCCUAUUGAUGCACUUCAGAAGCUGAUUAUACAACUGGAGAAAGCAAAGGCUGACAAGAGGAGAGCUGCUGAAGCUGCAAAGCCACAGUCCAAGAGACCUCGUGCAGGCGGCAGUAUUUACAAUCCUCGUGUUACCAGCAUGCCCAACAAAAGCUUCUACCGAGCACCCUCUGAUAGGUUUGUGCAGCCAUAUGAUAGCCCUGAGAGGUUCCCAUUCCCUUACGAUCGGCAGUAUAUCUAUGCCACUGAAAAUCAUUAUCCUACUGUGCUGGGCUCUGCUCCAUACACCAUCUCCCCUACACAUACCCCUUACUAUGGAAAUGCUUACCAGGUUCAGUACCAGACUGCCUAUUUACACUAAUGAAGAAAGCUACAAUGAUCAUUAUCUCUCUAACUACUAGCUUUCUAACCCACUGGGUACCAUAUGUUAAUCAACUAAAUCCGCAUAGCCGAGAUAUGUUAACUAAAUCUGCAUAGCCAGAAUAUUUAUCUUAUCUGUAUUAAUGUAUGUGUGUUUAUUAUGAUUGAAGCAGAUGUUUUCUUCUAA